AUGGCUGCACCCAAUCCAGAUGAUAAAGCAUUCCGGAAGCUUGAAUAUUUUUCUCUUGUUUCCAAGGUGUGCACUGAAUUAAACAAUCACUUGGGCCUCGAGGACAAAGUUUUGGCUGAAUUUGUAAUUCAUCUAGCAAAGAAGAACAAUUCUUUUGAUAGCUUUAAAAAUGCACUCCUUAAACAUGAUGCUGAGUUUUCAGAUGCGCUGAUUGCUAGUAUCCUCCGUCUGGUACAAAAAAUGCUGCCGAAAACAUCAGCUAGAGUCGCAAAAGAAGGAACGCGUAAAUGUGAUGAAAAAGAGGAAACAUUUGAAGAAGGUGCAGAGAAAGCUGAUUCGAUUACAAAGAAAAAAUUACUUCCAGCACUGUGUAUGCCAAAUGAGUCUUCCGAACAAAUGAGUCGACGUCUGCUUGAAGAUAAUUCAAGACCACAGCUCUCAGAACAGUUUGCUGGUCAUGAAAAGGUUACUGAGACCCAAAAUGACGAAGCAGAUGCUGAUGCCGCUAAUAUGAUGAGAGAUCUUGAAGCUCUCUUAGGUGAUGCUCGCAAUGAAGCUGAAAAACAUCAAAAAUCAAAGUCCCAUCCUUCACCAAAACGACGGAGCAAAUCUAAAUCCCCGCAUAGGCCUGACCACAGCGGCCACUACCGACGUAACCGAGAUCGCCAUUCACGUCGUGAAUCAAGUACCAAAACUUUAAGUCAAAUUUCUCAUAGGUCACCUCAUCGUGGCGGAUCACCGCGUCACCGUAGUAGCCAUCGUGAUCGACCACGUGAUCAUAGAUACAGCUCUCGAGAUCGCGACAGUAGACGUCAUGAGCGUUCACCGUCGCCCUCUUCGUCCCGUCGUGCCCGUCCCCAACUCCAAUCCGAGCUCCCAAUGGAACCAGUUGUGGGAAAGAUCUUCUCUGGCCGUGUAACUAGCAUCCUAGCAUUCGGCGCCAUUGUUCAACUAGAAGGACUCCAGAAACGGUGGGAAGGCCUGGUCCACGUUUCCCAUCUACGCCGAGAAGGGCGAGUCACCAGCGUUAGCGAUGUUGUUCAGCGUCACCAAAAGGUCUUUGUCAAAGUGCUUUCGUUCACUGGAACACGAACGAGUCUAAGCAUGCGCGAGGUUGACCAAAAAACAGGCGAGGACCUAAACCCCGCCCCGGCUGUUACGGCGCCUACAGAAAAGCACUCACGUGAUGAGGCCAGCCGACUGGAAGGCAGUAGCGGGAUGAACGACGAUGCGGAUGACUUCGGUGGACGUAAUCCUGAUCGACCGUUUGAACAGCUUUCUUCUUCAUCUAUGAUUGGUCUGCGGAGAGACGCCCUCGAUGAAGAUUUUGGCCCGAAAAGAAAAAUUCAGCGUAUUAGUUCACCCGAACGCUGGGAGUACAAACAGAUGAUAAGUGCCGGUGUGAUUGAUAAAUCGGAGCUACCAGAGUUUGAUGAGGAGACAGGUCUUCUGCCGAGAGACGAUGAAGAAUCCGACGAAGAUAUUGAAAUCGAGCUUGUGGAGGAGGAACCACCUUUUCUCAAGGGUCAUGGUCGCCACGCCAUGGAGUUAUCUCCUGUUAGGAUUGUCAAAAAUCCUGACGGAUCCCUUCAGCAAGCUGCAAUGAUGCGACAGGCUCUACAGAAAGAACGGCGCGAGGAGAAGCAACAAGAACGCCAAAAUCAGUUAAGCACGGAGCGCGCUAGCGCCCACGAGCGCAUGGGCAAAGAGUGGCAAGAUCCCAUGGCUGCUACAAUGGGAAGCAAGCCGGUGGCCCAAGGCAACCGAAUGGCCGAUCAGUUCAAGGACGUGCCUGAGUGGAAGAAGGCGGUUCAUGGUGCUGGAGCCAGAUCAGGCACUAUUGGCAAGAAGAUUGUUCGCUCGAUCCUGGAGCAACGCCAGUCCCUCCCCAUUUAUAAACUUAAAGACGAACUUUUGAAGGCCAUCGAGGAGAACAAAAUCCUCAUUGUGAUUGGUGAGACGGGCAGUGGAAAGACCACCCAGAUCACACAGUACCUCGCGGAAACGGGUUACACAACGACCGGACGCAUCGGCUGCACCCAGCCCAGGCGAGUGGCGGCCAUGUCCGUCGCCAAGCGAGUUUCUGAGGAGUUCGGUUGUCGCCUGGGUCAGGAAGUGGGCUAUACCAUCCGUUUCGAAGACUGCACAACGCCGGAGACGAAAAUCAAGUACAUGACGGAGGGUAUGCUUCUCCGAGAGUGUCUCAUAGAUCCCGAUCUGUGCCAGUACUCUGUUCUCAUGUUAGACGAAGCCCACGAGCGCACUGUCAACACCGACGUGCUCUUCGGCCUGCUCAAGAAGGCCAUUCAAAAGCGAGACGAUUUUAAGCUGAUCGUCACCUCGGCUACUUUAGAUUCGGUGAAGUUCUCGCAGUAUUUCUUCGAGGCGCCUAUAUUCACGAUUCCCGGUCGGGCUUUUCCUGUUGAGAUUUUAUACAGCCUGGAACCUGAAAGCGACUAUCUGGACGCUGCACUCAACACCGUUAUGCAGAUUCACCUCACAGAACCUCCUGGCGAUAUUCUCGUUUUCCUAACCGGCCAAGAGGAAAUUGACUCGGCAUGUGAGAUUCUCUACGACCGAAUGAAAGCCCUGGGCCCCGAUGUACCGGAACUCAUCAUUCUCCCAGUCUACGCCGCCCUUCCUUCGGAAAUGCAGUCGCGUAUUUUCGACCCGGCACCACCGGGCAGCCGAAAGGUGGUGAUUGCCACCAACAUUGCCGAAACCUCGCUCACCAUCGACGGCAUCUUCUACGUCAUUGACCCCGGCUUCGUUAAGCAAAAGGUCUACAGCAGCAAGUCGGGAAUGGACCAGUUAAUAGUGACUCCCAUCUCUCAGGCUCAAGCAAAGCAGCGUGCCGGUCGUGCGGGGAGAACUGGACCGGGUAAAUGUUACCGCCUCUACACGGAGCGAGCGCAGCGCGACGAAAUGCUUUCCACAAACGUCCCCGAGAUCCAACGGACCAACCUUGCCAGCACCGUGCUUCAGCUGAAGGCCAUGGGCAUAAACGACCUCCUUUCAUUCGACUUUAUGGACCCUCCCCCUCUCCAGACUCUUGUGGCUGCCAUGGUGACGUUGCAUGCUCUUUCUGCUCUUGAUGACGAAGGCCUACUCACGCGUUUGGGACGAAGGAUGGCCGAAUUCCCUCUGGAGCCGAUGUUGUCCAAGAUGCUAAUCAUGUCUGUCCAACUAGCGUGUUCAGAGGAAGUCCUUACCAUAGUCUCCAUGCUUUCUGUUCAAAACGUCUUCUAUCGACCAAAGGAAAAGACGGAAUUGGCGGACCAGCGCAAGGCGAAAUUUCAUCAACCCGAGGGCGACCAUCUGACGCUUCUGGCAGUCUACAACGCCUGGAAGAACAACAAGUUCUCCGCCCCGUGGUGCUACGACAACUUUGUCCAGGCCAGGACACUUAAGCGCGCCCAAGAUGUGCGAAAACAACUCCUUGGUAUCAUGGACAGACACAAACUAGCUUUGCUUUCAUGCGGAAAGAAAACGGCUCUUGUCCAAAAAGCAAUCCUCUCAGGUUUCUUCCGUAAUGCGGCUAAAAAGGACCCGCAAGAAGGCUACCGCACUCUUGUUGAUCAGCAGGUUGUGUACAUUCAUCCCUCGUCAUCCCUCUUCAACCGACAGCCCGACUGGGUGGUUUACCAUGAAUUGGUUAUGACCACAAAGGAGUACAUGCGUGAGGUCACCACAAUUGAUCCUCGUUGGCUGGUCGAGUAUGCACCCAAAUUCUUCAAAUUCGGCGACCCGACCAAGCUCUCAAGGGCGAAAAAGUCUAUGCGCAUCGAACCACUGUACAACAAACACGAGGAGAAGGACUCCUGGCGUAUUUCUCGUGUUCCGCGCAAAUUCCACGUCAAAGUUACCUUCUAA